AUGCUACGACAGACUCUCUCGACGCCAUCAAGGGCAAUUGGCUCCAGCCUCAGACUAGCAGCUCAAAGACCAGUAGCGCGGCCGCAAUUCUACCGCGCCCCGUUAGCAGCCACCCGCUCAGUCGCCCCCAUUGCUCUACAGCGGGCGAGGUGGUACAGCUCCGAGGCCGAGCCCUCCAAGGACGCCGAUGUCAAGGAUGCCUCCAAGGCCGAGGAGUCGGCAAAGUCGGAGACUGACAGCGUCGAAUCUACGUUAAGGAAACAGCUCGAGGCCAAGGAUGUCGAGGCGCGGGAUUGGAAGGACAAGUUCCUGCGCUCCGUGGCCGACUUCCGCAACCUGCAGGAGCGGACGGCGCGCGACAUGAAGGCGGCGCGCGACUUUGCUAUCCAGAAGUUCGCCAAGGACCUGGUGGACAGCGUCGACAACUUCGACCGCGCCCUGGCCAUGGUGCCCGAGGACAAGCUCAAGGCCGAGGAGCAGACGGAGCAACUGCGCGACCUGGUCAACCUGUACGAGGGCCUGCGCAUGACCGAGAGCAUCCUGCUCGAGACGCUCAAGAAGCACGGCCUCGAGCGCUUCGACCCCCACGGCGAGAAGUUCAACCCCAACGAGCAUGAGGCUACCUUCAUGACCCCCAUGGCCGACAAGGACGAGAACACCGUCAUCCACACCCAGCAGAAGGGCUUCAGGCUCAACGGCCGCAUCCUGCGCCCCGCCAAGGUCGGCGUGGUCAAGAACAAAUAG